GGCUGGAGUAAAACGUAGUCCAGGUGAGAGUGGUUGUAACUCUGCUGUAAAUGAACUGUUUAUAACUAACGCGGUAAAAAGUUUCCUAUGUCCAUUUGACAUGAUGGAGGAAGAUCACAUGAUAUGCAAGAUCAGUUAGGGCUCUGGGGAAAUAUUGUUGAGCAAAAAUACCCAAACAGACAUGACAGACACAUAAAGUUAGCAGUGUAUUGAACAAUUCUGGCAAGGCAUUAAGAGGUCAGGAAAAUGAGAAAGAGUGGUACCCCAAAGCAAGGUACCUGGUAGAGCUUUAAGAUGGCAUAUGCAGUAGCUGUCCUGCUUAUACGUUGCUGAAAGAAGAAUCCCUUGGAAGCAAACUACUUUUCUUCCUCCCCACGUACAGGACAGCAUAUCUACCUUUCCGCACGGAUCGAUGGGGCGCUGGUUGUUAGACCUUACACUCCAAUUUCCAGUGAUGAUGACAAGGGCUUCGUGGAUCUUGUUAUCAAGGUUUACAUGAAAGGGGUCCAUCCGAAAUUUCCUGACGGAGGGAAGAUGUCUCAGUACUUAGACAACCUGAAAAUAGGGGAUACCAUUGACUUCAGAGGACCAAGUGGCCUGCUUGUCUACAAAGGAAAAGGUGAGUUUGCAAUUCGACCUGAGAAGAAAGCCGAACCGGUUACUAAGAAAGUGAAGUAUGUGGGGAUGAUCGCAGGUGGGACUGGGAUAACCCCUAUGCUGCAGAUCAUCCGAGCAAUCAUGAAGGACAAGGAUGACUGCACGGUUUGCCAGCUGCUGUUUGCUAAUCAGACUGAGAAGGACAUCCUGCAACGUUCAGAGCUGGAGGAGAUCCAGGUUCAGCACCCCAAUCGUUUUAAGUGCUGGUAUACACUGGAUAAAGCGCCUGAAAGUUGGGAUUACAGCCAAGGAUUUGUGAACCAAGAUAUGAUCAGAGACCACCUGCCCCCCCCUCAGAGCGAUGUGCUGAUCCUCAUGUGUGGACCUCCUCCCAUGAUCCAGUAUGCCUGCAUUCCCAACCUGGACAAACUGGGCUAUGCCAAGGACAUGAGGUUCUCCUUCUAAUGAAGGCUGAUACUUCAGCGGUCUUGUGAGGAAGGGAAGGAAAAACAGUUAAUGGGGAACAAGACUAAGUUAGAGAUGGCUGAUGCACAGUGCUGGGAAGCUACAUUUACAUUACAAAUACUUCAUUCUUAUCUGAAUCACUGGCAAGUUAGACACUUAAGCUUAACUAUAUCAUAACCGUACCAUAGGUUACGCAGAAGCAACCUGCUGGCAGAGACGCAGCGAUGCGUAGUUCUCAGCUGUAUUGUACCUGCCACGUCUGUCCUGUAGAAAGGUUAUAUUCCAUCUCGAGGCAGGGAAGAAUGGCUUCUUAGGGCAGCAAAUACUCAUUUACACUCCUCUUAGCACUGUGAUCGAACGGCAGUAAUAUCCCACUUCCUAACACUGUGCAUACUUUGUAUUUUAUUUGGUGUGAAGUAUGAAGUACAUAGAAUGAGCUGGAUCAUUCACCCUGCUUAUAUCAAACUUUAAAGAGCUGUUACUGUGUGAAGACCAGGAGUGUUUUCCUGGUCUGCAUAAUCUUUGCACCAUCAGGAGCUUGUGGGUGUUCAUUUGAAGGGUGACAAUUAACCAUAUACGACUGAAGAUGUUUAAGUAAGUUGCCUUAUUACAGAGGGGUAGACAGCUAUAUAAAAUUUGUUUCCUGUGUAUUUUGGAAUAGCCUCUUUUACGUGGGAACACUUUGCCAGCUGCUCACAGCCCUGGGCAAUGAAAGAAACUCCAGACAGCAGGAGCUUUACUCACUGCCCUGGAAGUCUUUGCCUUGUGUGUGUGUUGAAUACUGAAAAAAAUACUGACUUGUGUAUUUGCUUUUAAAUAACAGAUAGUGCCAUAGGAGUGGGAAAGUAAUUGUUCUGUGCAGCGAAACAGUGCUGGGUGAAAACUGGAUCUGGUUUUCAUUCCUUGUUUCCCAGAGCUGGGUAAGCCAGGCUGGGGUUCAUUGGGUGGCCCAGCUCGGCUCUGGGUGCUGGCAGAUGGGAUGCGCCCGCACACCUCGCUGUGGCAGAGCUCCAAAGAAGUAAGAAUCGCAUGGGAACAGCCUUAAGCCACCCAACUGACAGCAGGUUCAAUGUAUCUCUGAAUCUAAAACUCUUACGUGCUGUUUAUUAUAGCUUCAACUUGUUUUUUAACAUGAUUUUUACAGCAGCCUUUCACCUAAACUUUAGUAAAACUUCAUGCCUCCUGCGUGCCGUCCUUCUGCAUCCACACACACCGAGGUUGGGGCUGUCCUGCAAGGAGUCCAGGAGGCAAAGUCAUGGUCUGGUGAUGAAACCACAGUGAGGGGAAGGACGGUGGCUGGUGGGUGAAGUCAUAGAAUCAUAGUUGGAAAAGGACCUCCAACAUCCCCCAGUUCAACCAUCCACCUACCCACACUAUUUCCCCACUAAGCCAUGCCCUGCAGUGCCACACCUGAAGGCACAUGGAUGACAGAUAGCUGCAGGUAUUGGUGUGCCGUAUGCCUCACUUAUUUAAAGGUCUGGGCAGCACUUGAGGCUGAAUUCUCAGCAUCAGCUAAAAGGAGAAAAAGAUACUGCAGUUAAUGUAAGGAGCAUGCAGAGAAUAAUACUACCAAGUUCAUUUGAUUUAACAGACGCCUCUGAAAUCUUGAAUAUUUGAUGUGUUUCUGAAACUCAUUUUAAUAUUGUGUUCCCAAGGUCAGUCCCCCCCCCCCAUCCUGUGUUUUUUUUUGUGAGGCAAAAAGCAGAACUGGGAGAGGAACUGAACUGUUGUGCUGCUGGUUUACAUCACUGUGGAGUAAACAGGUUUUUCUUUUCGUGACUGUAUUUAAUGAAGCGUUUGUGUCAAAAAUAACUCGCUGGUAACGCAUCAGCGCUCCUUGUGUAACUGACUCUGUUUUCUAAUUAUUGGGUUUUUUCACAUCUCUGCAAGAAAUAAACGAUGCUGCAGGUGCCUCUGCUGGGUGUUACCUGUCCUACCACCUCCCGCUUCAUAGGAGACAAGCUGUAACUGCAGAGCACUUAAAAAUACUUAAACCCCCUCAUCUGACGUUUAUCCGGCUGUUCGGGUGGGAGGUGGCUGCAAUAUGCUGAGUCAAGGGUUAAACUACCGCUGUUUUCUGUCUGUCACCAAAACCUCUUCCUUUUGCCUUUAUUUUGUACAUCUUCCUUGCCAACGUGAAGCUCUUUUAUUAAAAGGGAGAUUUUUAUAUGGUGCCCCGAUCCCUUUUGCUUGAUGGUCCUGUACUGUGGCGUUUAAACAAGUAAUAAAAGCUGGUUUUGCAUCGUUUUU